ACCAUGCACGCACCCGACAGACACCAACAGGCAGCAUCCACCACACUCCACAGCUCCGUCUUUCGUCCCAAUCCAUCCGUUCCUUCUGCCACGGUCCCUCAAUCUCCAACUUCUCACCGGUUGGUUAGUUCGUCGACCCAUCACAGAUUCACAGUUCGUCCGUCCAUGACAAAGCACCAGAGAGCAGCGGCGGACCAGGCCGUGUCCCUCUCCCUCUCGCUCUCCCUCGGCGCCGUCGCCGGCCUCAACAAGAAGGUGCGCCGCGCCGCCGCCGCAGCCGGUGGGGAUCAGUUCGUGUGCAAGGCGUGCGGUCGCUCGUUCCCGUCGUUCCAGGCGCUGGGCGGCCACCGGACCAGCCACCUGCGCGGAUGCCACGGCCUCGCGCUCGCCCUCACCACCGGCGAUCAGUAUUUCUCCGUCAAGCCCAAGAGUACUACGGAUCAGAAGUCUGAGCACCGGUGCCACAUCUGCGGGCAAGGGUUCGAGACGGGACAGGCGCUCGGCGGCCACAUGCGCCGGCACCGUGAGGAGGCGGCGCAGGCGCCGCCUCCUGUUCUGCUCGAGCUGUUUGUCUAGACUGAUCUCAAUAGUUCUACUUCUAGUGCAGAGUUCCUGACAUGCAUAUGCGUGCACACUCGUAUCAGUAGGUGUCGAUCAUUGGUUCGUUCAUUCCAUCAUACUCUGGGUAUGUGUACAUAUAAGUAUGACGACUUCUUUAGAUUAUAUACAUUGGGUAUGUCUAGGACACGUCUAGAUGUGACAUAAUUAUGUCAUAUUUAAGCUGAUAUUCACUCUGUUUGU